CGGGCCGACCCUAUGAGAAUCAUUCCUCGGUUGGAACUACUCUAGUCCGUACGCAAUGGCUGCUAAGUUCGUCGUAGUGCUCGCGCUGGCGGUGGCCGCCCAGGCGUCCGUGGUGCCCGUGGCCGUGGCCCGCGCAGCAGACGACUACACCAGCUUCGCGUACGACGUGGCCGACCCCCACACCGGCGACUACAAGAGCCAGGUCGAAACCCGCGUUGGAGGCGUCGUGCAGGGACAGUACUCGCUGCUGGACGCUGAUGGCACUAAGCGCACCGUUGACUAUGCUGCUGAUGAUGUGAAUGGGUUCAACGCUGUUGUGCGCAAGGAUCCUGUGGCUGUCGCGCCUGUUGUGAGCGCACCUGUUGUUGAAGCCGCGCCCGCUGUGGUUGCCGCGCGUACUAUUGCCGCCCCUGCUGUGUACUCCGCUGCUCCCGUGGUUGCGCGUACUGUUGCCGCCCCUGCCGUAUAUUCCGCCCGUGUUGCCGCGCGUACUGUUGCCGCUCCGACCGUGUAUUCCGCUGCUCCCGUAGUUGCCACUCGUACCGUUGCCGCCCCUGCUGUGUACUCUGCUUCUCCCGUAGUCGCUGCGCGUACCAUCGCUGCUCCCGCCGUUUAUUCUUCCGGCGUGGUAGCCUCAGCGCCUGCUGUAUACGCCGCUGGCGCCCCUGUUGUAGCCACCCGCACCGUCAGCGUAGCCGCCCCAACAGUCUAUUCCUCCCCAGUAGUGGCCCGUUACGCCGCUCCAUCAGUCUACAGCUCGUACUACGGCACCCCUUACACCUACGGUGCAUACUCUGCUCCGGUAGCCUGGUAAAAAGCCUUGUUUCAAGGUUCCUUAGCCAUAAACCACGACGUGUUCUCCGUAAUGUAAAUAACUUAUACGACUUUGUACAUAUGCAGGAUGUAUGCGAAAUACAAAAGUUUUAUACUUA